GAUUGUUUAUAUAAAGCCUUGGCAGUGCAUUGGUAUGGAGCAGACCAAAGGAAGCUUGAAGGGUCACCGCCAGAUAUACUCCUCCGUUGUGCAGUCUUUUGUCACUCGUUUGCUCAGAUAUUUUUUUGCUUGGUUUUUACCCCCAAUCAUCUUCUCUGCAAUCCUCUGAUACGACUCCAAGUUCAUCCCCUCUUCCCCUCGUUUCACCCAUCCCUCUCUGCCUUGCUUGAUCAGUCCCUUGGUAUUCCUUCUCUCUCUGCUCUCCGAGGUGACAGGAGAAGAACCAAUGGAUGUUGACUACUUGAGCUCCCCAACAGAGGCUCAAAUGGAUCUGACAACGAUGGUGAGGGAGAUGGAGAAUUUAAGUGGGUUAUCCGAAGCACCGCUGCAGCCAUCGGAAAGCUACUCCGGUGGACCGUCGUCGCAUGCAUUCUGCAGCGCUGGUGCUAGCACCUCUUUGCUUGUGGGGGGUGCGCCAUCAUCGUCAGCUUUCGGCGGUCCUCAGGACCUCCUCGCGCCUGUGUUCUCGAACUCGCCGGCCGCAGCAGAGCUGGCGCUGAGAGGCGCGUCGCACGGCUGCGGGCGGCGGCCCUCGGUGGCUGCCAUGAGGGAGAUGAUAUUUCGCAUUGCAGCGAUGCAGCCGAUCCACAUCGACCCGGAGUCGGUGAGGCCGCCGAAGCGGCGGAACGUGAAGAUAUCGAAGGACCCGCAGAGCGUGGCGGCCAGGCACCGGAGGGAGCGGAUCAGCGAGAGGAUCCGGAUACUGCAGCAGCUCGUCCCGGGGGGCACGAAGAUGGACACCGCGUCGAUGCUCGACGAGGCGAUCCACUACAUGAAGUUCCUCAAGAGCCAGCUGCAGUCCCUGCAGCGGGCAGCCGCCGCGCACCGAGGCGCCGGGGCUGCCGGCAACGCCGACUUCUCCAUGCAUGGUACAGGGUCCUCAGACGGGAGCUGCUCGUUCUUCCUCAAAGGCGACGGGGCGCCGGAGCAGGGGUUCACCAUGAACACCUUUUGAGAUCGACGAGGAGUCAAAAUCGAUGAUCUUACUAGGCUUCAGGCAGAGCUUUUUUGUCAACUCUUAAUCUCUUUACUGAGCUUAUCACUGCGAUCUACUCUCUCUUAAUUUAUGUCGACGGAGUGAUAUUUUUAUAAGUUAUCUUA